CCUGUCUCCAUAACACUUUGCCGUUCCCUAUGAGUGCUCAUCAGAGAAGAAGGAAUGGCAGUCAGGUGCCUGCCAACGGUGGUCCAGGAAUCAGUGACCUUCAAGGAUGUGGCCGUGCUUUUCACCCAGGAUGAAUGGGCGCAGCUGAGCCCUGCUCAAAGAGCCCUGUACAGGGAUGUAAUGCUGGAGAACUACAGCAACCUGGUAUCCCUGGGACUCUUAGGACCCAAGCCAGAUACGUUUUCCCAGCUGGGAAAGGGGGAAGAAUCGAUGCCGGAGGACUCCUUGGGAGGCUUCUGUCUUGAUUGGAUGACUACACCUGUGAGUAAGAAAUCAACUCUCAAGGCAGAUAUUCCUGAAGGAGAAUUGGGUCAGUGGAUGAUAAAGGAAAGAUUCACUAGAGAUAGUUACUGGAAAUAUGAAACACUGUUGGAAUGGCAGCAUGGAAGCCAGGAGAUAAAGUUGCAGCAAGUGAUGCUUGCUCAUGAGAAAACUUCAUCUGUGGUUGGUGACCAGAAAUGUGAUGAAUCUGGGAAGCACUGCACCAUGAGCUCAUCCUUUGUUCAGAGUCAGGGAUUUCAAUCUAGCAGAAAAGCCUUUGAGUGUAGUGAGUGUGGAAAAGUCUUCACUAAGAGUUCAACCCUCAAUAAACAUCAGAAGAUUCAUACUGAAAAACUUAAUGCAAAUCGGAAAAUUCUUAUUAAAGAGAAGCGAUAUGAAUGUAGAGAAUGUGGGAAAGCCUUUCACCAGAGCACACACCUCAUCCAUCACCAAAGAAUUCACACUGGUGAGAAGCCGUAUGAAUGUAAGGAAUGUGGUAAGGCCUUCUCAGUGAGCUCUUCACUUACUUAUCAUCAGAAAAUUCAUACUGGAGAGAAGCCUUUUGAAUGCAACUUAUGUGGAAAAGCUUUUAUCCGAAACAUACACCUUUCCCACCACCAUAGAAUACAUACUGGAGAGAAACCUUUUAAAUGUAACAUAUGUGACAAAGCCUUUGUGUGCAGGGCACAUCUUACCAAACACCAGAAUAUUCAUAGUGGAGAGAAACCCUAUAAAUGUAAUGAAUGUGGGAAGGCCUUCAAUCAGAGUACAAGUUUUCUUCAGCAUCAGAGAAUUCACACUGGGGAGAAGCCUUUUGAGUGUAAUGAAUGUGGGAAGGCUUUCAGGGUGAACUCUUCCCUUACUGAACAUCAAAGAAUUCAUACUGGAGAGAAACCUUAUAAGUGUAAUGAAUGUGGAAAAGCUUUCAGGGAUAAUUCAUCCUUUGCUCGACAUCGGAAAAUUCAUACUGGAGAGAAACCUUACAGAUGUGGUUUGUGUGAGAAAGCCUUCAGGGACCAAUCAGCCCUAGCCCAGCAUCAGAGAAUUCAUACUGGGGAGAAACCUUAUGCGUGUAAUAUAUGUGAGAAAGCAUUCAGUGACCAUUCAGCCCUCACUCAACAUAAGAGAAUUCAUACUAGAGAAAAACCUUAUAAAUGUAAAAUCUGUGGGAAAGCCUUUAUCCGAAGUACACAUCUGACUCAACAUCAGAGGAUUCACACAGGAGAGAAACCCUAUAAAUGUAAUAAAUGUGGGAAAGCUUUCAACCAGACUGCAAACCUCAUUCAGCAUCAGAGACAUCAUAUUGGAGAAAAGUGAUAUGGAAGAACUUUGAGACUAAAUGUAUUAAUUACUGAAUGCAAGAGAAUUUCCAUUCUACAGAAUAACCAUGAAAGCUUACAUGAAUAUAGUCAUUUUAUUUACUGAGAGUCAAGGUUCACAGUAGUGUGGGUUUUGAGAACUUAAGAAUGGCAAACACUC